UACGUUGUCUAGUCUAUUCCAUGAUUUGUUUCUGGUCGGAUCAUAGCGAUUGGUGAGUGGUAGACAGAUAUUUACCAGUAGACAUUCGAUCUGAAACUUCGAUUCCGAAGCGUACUCACUGGUUUCUAUUGAAAACGUAUCGGUUACGAGGAAUUUUCAAACAACGAAUUAUUUAAAUUAUGUCGAAAGUAAAUACGUUAUAUAAUUAUUUUUCAUCACCAAAAACUACGAAUCAACCGGCUAAUAAAACGGUCCAAGAUGACAAAUCUUCGACGCCGAAAAGGACAAAAGAACAAAGACACAAAGCCAAAACCCCCGGCAAAGGAAAGGAAAACAAGAAUGGUGAAGGAAGAGAUAGAAAAAGAGUUUACAAGGACGAUCAGGAAGAGGAGAAAGAUCGGGAAGAGCCGAGACAAUUCAAGAAAAGAAGACUAAUUAUUCCAGAUGUGGAAUCUGGGGAUGAAUCUGGGGAUGAAUUUAAACCUGAUCCACAGGAGGAAACGGAGGAAUCUGAUUCUGGCUCGGAAGGACAUCCUGAAAGCGAGCCAGAGACACAGAGCGAAGAAGAAUCGCCAGUGAGGAAAAAAAAGCAGUCUAAUAUCAAGUCCAAUCGUUCGGCUACUCUCAAGAAGUAUGGGAAAGUGGACAAAGUCGAGCCAAAACCGUCUCAGCCGUCUCGUGCUCAAGGCAAUAAUGUUGUGGAUUCGUGGCCACAUUUGAAGUAUGGUUUCCUUCAGCCAAAUAAAAUGAAAGACAUUAAUAGAAAGUCUCCGGAAGAUCCAGAUUAUGACCCCAAAACAGUCUACGUUCCUUUGGACUUUCUGAACCAGCAGACACCGGCUAUGAGGCAGUGGUGGGAUUUAAAAAGCAAACACUUCGACUGUGUCCUUUUCUUUAAAGUAGGCAAAUUUUAUGAAUUGUAUCACAUGGAUGCUGUCACUGGUGUUAAAGAGCUUAAUCUCACAUUCAUGCGUGGCGAGUUUGCUCAUUCUGGAUUUCCUGAGAUUGGAUACGGUCGUUUCUCAGCGAGUCUUAUAGAGAGAGGAUACAAAGUUGCCAGGGUAGAACAAACAGAGAACCCAGAAAUGAUGACUCAACGUUGCAGCAAAAUGACUAAGCCAACGAAAUUCGACAAAGUUGUGAAAAGAGAAAUCUGCCAAAUAAGUUCAAAAGGUACAAGGGUGUAUACUCCGCAGGAUGUAGAAGCCUCGACGCCGAAUUCAAAUUAUUUAAUGUCGCUCGUUGAGAAAUGUCCACCUGGGGCAAGCACAUCUCAUUACGGGGUAUGUUUCUUGGACACCACAAUUGGAGAUUUUUAUCUUGGCCAAUUCGAAGAUGAUCGCUGCAGUUCUAGGAUCUUAACGUUGCUUGCCCAUUACCCACCGGUUCACGUGGUAUACGAGCGUGGUAAUCUGUCCCAAAAGACACUACAAAUUUUAAACAACACUUUGGCAGCGUGUAUGAAGGAACCACUUCUGCGUGAGACUCAGUUCUGGUCAGCUUUGACUGUUUUAAAGAAUCUUCACGAAGGUGAAUACUUCAAACAAGCAGACUCUAGUUUCUCGUGGCCUCGAGGAUUGCAACCGUAUCUUAAUCAAGGUGAUAGCUUAGGCUUGACUCCGGCGGAUGACAAGGAAUUAGCAGUACAUGCUUUAGGUGGAUGCGUGUACUUACUUAAGGACUACUUUCUGGAACAACAAUUGUUGGCUCAAGGGCGAUUUAAAUCGUAUAUCCCGCCUGACUAUUCGAAGGAGUCUUCAGGAGCAUCCAAGUUUGCAAAUAAUAUGGUUCUAGACGCCAUAUCGAUCAAUAAUUUGAGAAUCUUUGGAGACGGCUCUCUUAUGAAAACACUGGAUCGUUGUUGCACACCUUUCGGUAAAAGAUUAUUGCGCGAAUGGAUCUGCAGACCAUCCUGUCGCAAAAAUGUGAUAAUAGAACGGCAACAAGCCAUACAGGAACUAAUGGAUCGUUCCGAAGCAGUGCAGACUGCUCGCAGCAUCUUGGCUGGUCUUCCGGAUCUUGAAAGACUGUUGAGCAAAAUUCACGCGCUUGGAAACCCAGCAAAAAUGAACAACCAUCCCGAUGGCAGAGCAAUUAUGUUCGAGGGCCACACGUACUCCAAGAAACGAAUCCUAGACUUCACCACCACUCUCAGCAGCUUCGAGGAUGUCCUGAAAAUAGUUGCUUUAUUCGAAGACUUCAACAGCCAUUUAAUAGGUUGCUGCACCAAAGUAGAGCCGAAGGGAGAAUUUCCUUCGUUGAGAGAAACGUUGGAUUACUUCAAGACUGCGUUCGACCACGAAGCGGCAAAAAAGGAAGGCUGCAUCGUGCCAAAGGAAGGAGUGGAUGUUGAGUACGAUUCCGUUCUGAUGGAACUUGCACAAGUAAAGAAAGACGUAGAACGCUACCUUGAGAAACAGAAGCGACACUUUGGCGUGAAAGUCACGUUUCAUGGGACCGAUAAGAAGCGUUAUCAGAUCGAGAUCCCGGAUUCUCAGGUGAAGAAAGUUGGCUCCGGAUUCGAGCUGAUGUCUCAGAGGAAAGGAUACAAACGCUACUACACUGCUGAGGCCAAGGAACUCUUGAGCCGACAAAUAAACGCCGAGGAGCACAGAGACAAGGUACUGAAGGAUUUGAACAGGAGGAUAUUUGCUCGAUUCAGUGAUAAGUAUGAUAUGUGGAACACGGCUGUUUAUAAGCUGUCUGUCUUGGAUGUUCUUAUUUCUCUGACAGAGUACGCUCUCAGUGGUGAUAUGUGUGUACCGGAAAUUGGAGACGGUUCGAAUGGACAAAUUUAUAUCGAUAUGAAAGAAGGAAGACACCCGUGCAUACCAUCGGAUAAUUUCAUUCCGAAUGACACUGUACUGGCCGCUGACAACUCAACUUCUUUUAUGCUACUCACAGGACCGAACAUGGGUGGUAAAUCCACACUGAUGCGACAAGUAGCUCUCCUCACGAUCAUGGCCCAAAUAGGAUGCUAUGUUCCUGCUAGUUCCUGUCGCUUAACGAUAGUUGAUCGUAUUUUCACAAGGUUGGGAGCGAAUGACGAUAUCCUAGCUGGGCAGAGUACCUUCCUGGUAGAACUGAGCGAAACUGCAAUUAUUUUGCAACAUGCUACACCGCACUCAUUGGUUCUGCUGGACGAACUGGGACGUGGCACAUCGACGUACGACGGCACGGCAAUUGCUGCUGCGGUGGUGGACGCAUUAACAAAGAUGAAAUGUCGAACAUUGUUCUCCACACACUAUCAUUCCCUGGUGGAAGAUUACAAAAACAAUAAGGACGUCACUUUGGCUCAUAUGGCUUGCAUGGUGGAGAAUGAGGAAGAGGACGAGGUGUCCCAAGAAACUGUAACAUUUCUUUACAAGCUUAGCGAAGGUGCUUGCCCUAAAUCGUACGGUUUCAACGCGGCCCGAUUAGCCGGUGUUCCUGCUGUAAUUACAAGCCGAGCACACGAGAUCUCGAAGAGGAUGGAAUUGGAAAUAAAUCAGAAACGUGCGUUCCUUUCUCUGUGCAAAGCAGAUGGCCCAGCGAUUAGGGCCUUGAUUGCUGCUUUGUAGAGAUGCGUCUGAAUAAAUUGUGCCGAGAGAUCUGCAGUGAUUUCAUGCGGGUGUACGCAUGUUUUGAGUAAUUUAUAGGAAGGUUAUGAAUCUUUAUGAAAAGUCUCAAGUUCCCUUGCAUCUUGUAAACGUUUCACACAAGUAUUGCAUUUUCUGAAUUUCUUUCCAUGCAUUUAUAUAGGUCGCAGCAGGGCUCUCUACAUUGCGUUGUUUGAUACGAAUAUAUACACACGCUUGUUUUGAUAAUAAAAUUCGUUCGAAAGA